CAACACACGAGGAAGAGGUCGGUCGUGUUCAGUUCAGUUUCCGAACAACAAAUGGACGUUGAAAUUGUAACUCGACGUUUUUUUAAAUUUUAUCUUUAACCUUAGAUCAGCAUGUGUGUCCGUCUUUUUUCACAGUUCUUGGUAAUGAAUAUUCUUCCCUUAAACUUAUGUUUUUUGAGAAAUUUCAGUUAGCCUACGGUUAGCCUGCUAGCUAGCUACAGGUGGAUCCCGUUUGACUGGAUGUCUGUCAGACGGGCUCUGGUGGAUUGUGCUGUGUUGUCUCUGCAAGACACCUGCGUGUUUUAUCCGAGCUGUAAAGGCUGUUUCUCCAGGAUUGAUGUCGAACAACAGGACACGACGAGAUACAGAUGCUCCAGAUGUGGUUACAGGUGUCUGAAGGAACAGGUUGACUACAGGUAUCGUCUCUCACUGAGUGUGACCCGGGACAGAUGCAUAUUUGGUGUUACAGUAUUUGGAAGCACCUUAAAUCCAUUCUUUGGCAUUCAUGCAAAUGAAUUACAGAGGUUAGUGGAAAACCUGGAUGGAUCAGUUGAACAGUCAACAAGAUUCACAUUGUUGGGGAAGGCUGUUGAGGACUGUUUCAUCGGCAGACAUUUCAUCUUUGGCUUAAAGGCAAGUGAAACAGAAAGUGGACCUUGGUUUGGAGGAUCUUUCCUGAAUGGCUCCAGCAGUAAAGACAGAAGCCAGUUUGUUGCCAGUCAGAUGAUUCUCCCCAAAGCUCCUGGCCUGUCGGGCUGCACAGUGAUCAGUUAUUAUCGAAGUCUUCUUCAGAAAGUUUCAGAAUAUGAAGGCAAAGCCUCCAGACUUCCAGAAGCAACCCUGCUUCUAAUUCCUGAUCAUUCUCCAACCAGCAGCUCUAUUAAUGCCUCAUUUUCUGCCACUGGUCUUCUGACUCCAUCACUGCAAAGAUCAAAGCACCGAGACUGCACACUGACUCCCACCCCUCCAUGGCAACAAUCACUCGGAAUAAUUACUUCAUCAGCAGAGCAGGAGGACUGCUGCAGUACCCAGGACAGUGGAGAUGAGAACAGCAGACAGACAGACAACAGCAUAAAACCACACCCUGCACAGAGAGGCUACCUGGAGAACCACAACAUCAUCAAGGAGAGAAGUCUUCUUCUUUCUGCAGAGCACAGCUUUUGUAGUAAUCCACCAAUUGUCAAAAACCCAAACUCAUCUGUUGAAAAAGCUGUUGGAAACAGCCCCGUCCUGAACACUUGGUUUAGUCCAUCCCAGCCUGAGUGCAAAAGGUGCAGCGGCGAUGUGACGGAGCUUUGUCCCAAACAGCUUAACAGAACCCUUUUGUCCUGCUCACUGGCAUGGGAGGAUUUGCCUUUUUCUGAGAGUUUUACAGCGUUUCUCUGUGAAGAAAACAAAGAUUUUGACAUAGUUAGUGAAACAGAGUCAAAUCGAAAUGUGCAGAAAGAAACACCAAGAAAAACCCUGGAGAUUACCAACUCAACUUCUGCUUGUCAAAGAAGCACUCGCACGACACACAGUUAUUCACAGAUAUUCCUAGAUAUCACUAACACACAUGGUUCAGACGGAGCUGACAGACAUGAUUUAUCUAACCAGGUAUUAAAGAAUCCUCUGGAACGCAUUAACAGGAGUGAAGAAAGAAACCUCUGUUCCCAUGAGUAUGAUCAGCAGGAUGAGGAGGAUAGUUCUCAGUGUUAUGAAAAAGAAGAAGAGUAUCUUCAAGGAGAUGCUUACAACUGUUCAGCAGACCUUUUCAGUAGCUCACUCAUGAUCAGUACCAACGCAGAGAUGCUCAACACAAAUGGAGAAACUGUCAGGAUAGCCACAGAAGCUUCCCCGCUGUUCACAAAGCUAGACCAACAGCAUCAACAUGAUCAAAACGCUAAUGUGACAUAUUCAACACCAGCCAAACACAAACUAAAAAGAAGUAAAUGCACCAACAGGGACAGUUUAAUUCCACAAAUCACUCAAGAUGUUGAAUUUGUCCCUCCCUCUCAGUCCACCCCCAUUGUAAAAGUAGGUGCUAUAUCAAGGUCACCUGCCUACUUAGGCACAAACUUGACUGGUGAGUUCAGGUCACAACUUGACAAUCAAGAUUCAGGAGCUUUUUGUGGAAAUCUGCAUGAACUGGACAGUAAAAAGCAAGCUAAAAUCCUGACGUCUGUUGGUUGUAAAUUGAACACUUUCAAGGCUAACAAGCUGUUCCAGUGUGACAGACAAUCUACAAAAGAAGACUCGGUGUGGAACAGGACAUCCAGCAGACGCAGCUACAGACCUACCCCAGAAAGGAAGUUCUGGAAACCCAAUAAACAUAAAAAACAUCUGCAGGCUCAGCAACUCCUAAGGGUGCAGAGAGAGGAUCUAAACCUGGAAUCAGCAGGAACAGUUAACCACAAAUUAGACUCAAGAGUUUAUCAUGGGACUGUGUGUAAUGAUGACAGUGAAGUAAUUGUUCCCCCUACACCUGCUGGUAAAACACAAUUUAGUGCGACGCCCAGAAGAAGAAAGCAGACCGAUACCAGCAGCAGUAGUUUAGGUUCUGCCUGGGACCAACAGCAGGGAGUUAACUGUAAAAGAGCUCUGCUGGCUCAAGCAUGCACAUCAUCUCACAAAAGCAAGACAGUUGUUGAGGGGAGUCUUGAUGGAUCUAAUGAUUACCCCCUUGAUAAUGAGAACCAGACAUGUGAUUGGUCCAGAGAUCUGUUCUCUGACUCAGUGUGAGAGGUUCUGUUGCAGAUGUACUUUUAAAAAGGUGCCAGAAAUCCAAGGAUUAAUGUAUUUCAUGCCAGCAACCCAAAUAAUGAUCUGCUUUGUGUUGAAAAGCUGCUGCUUCUGCCAUUGUGAAUGCUGCAUUCCUCUUUGCCUAGAAUUGACUACAACAAAAGAUUGCAUGUAUUAAACACUAAAGAUAGGAGAGCGGCCAUCUCGUCCUGUCUGCGGUUUGCACCAUGGGUCUGAAAAUUUAGUAAUUUGUUUGAUUUCAUGCACUUUUAAGCACACAGCUUCAGUAGAAUGAGAUCUACCACAAAGUUCUCAGUGCCUGGUUCAGCAGCUGACCUCACAAAUGGUAGCUGUCAGGGAGUAAAUCUUGUGGAAGAAUGACAGCAGCAAAAAUGUUAUUAAUGACUAUGGUUUGGCAAUGAGAUGUUUGAGAUUUUGAAUGUCUACAUGCUAUUACUGAACACUCUCCUGCACACGGCCCCCCUUUAAAUUAUUAGACUUUUAUUAGAGACAUUCUCAGAGUCUAAAACCUUCAGCUGAGAUGAACUUUUGAACGUUCUGCCUCAUCGGGAUUUGAAUAUUAUCGUGUAGAAUUGGCCUGUGACACAUUAAUAACUCUGUUCUAGACGCUUUCUGCUGCUGCGCGCACGCUGUUAUAUUUGGUACCAUUUAUUUCCUUCAGCCUUAGUUGCGUCAUGCACGUGUGAGGAUCAUGUGUGUGAUUAAAUGGGUAUCUGAUUUAUUAACUGCUGCUAUGACAUCUGAGAACCAUUGGAAUUAAAGUAUUAAAAUUUUUAACACAU